CACUUUUUCGUGUGGUUAGCAAACAAAGUAUCGAAUAGAUCCGUAUUUUUCUUAAAAUCCACCGUAUUUUGUGUUUUUCUGUUUAUUUUUAUGCAUUGAGGUCGAAAAGCAGUCAAACUGGAUUGAAAGAAUCGAGUAUGAUGGAUUCGGACUCGUCCGGAGCGGACUUUUGUCGGUUCUGUCGGUCGGAAGCCUCCUCGGAUAGGCCGCUGUUCCAUCCUUGCAUUUGCACCGGUUCCAUAAAAUGGAUUCACCAAGAGUGUCUUGUGCAGUGGAUGAGAUAUUCGCGGAAGGAGAUAUGCGAAUUGUGUGGUCACCGGUUUUCGUUCAUGCCGAUCUACUCGCCGGACAUGCCGCGGCGUCUGCCCAUCCGUGACGUGGUGGGCGGGCUGGUGACCUCUGUGGCCUCUGCUGUGCGGGACUGGCUGCACUAUACGCUGGUGGCACUCGCCUGGCUCGGCAUAGUGCCGCUCACUGCCUGCAGGACCUACCGCUGUCUGUUUUCGGGCUCCCUAGAUCCAGUUAUCUCUUUACCAUUUGAUAUUAUCUCGGCUGAAAAUUUGGCAAAGGAUGUCUUUUCUGGCUGCUUUGUGGUGACAUGCACUUUAUUCUCCUUUAUUGGACUUGUUUGGUUAAGAGAGCAGAUUAUGCAUGGUGGAGGCCCUGACUGGAUGGAAAGAGAGAAUUUGCCAGUGCCAGCACCAGAAGACUUGCCCCUUCCUGACAAUAAUAAUGACAGAGUUAACGAUGGAGUUGGGAAUGAUGGUGGUGCCCCGGAGGAGGGUAAUGGUGAUGCUGCAGAAGAUCCAUUAGUUGGUGAUGAAGCUAACUGGAAUCCAAUGGAAUGGGACCGGGCUGCUGCUGAAGAGUUGACAUGGGCUCGUUUACUUGGCCUGGAUGGGUCUAUGGUGUUCUUGGAGCAUGUUUUCUGGGUUGUUUCCUUGAAUACACUAUUCAUUGUGGUGUUUGCAUUUUGCCCGUAUCAUAUUGGCAAGCUGGGGGCUGUCCUAGCUGGAUUCACUGCUGAAGGUCCAUUUGCUGGUCCGUUGACGGCGCUGGCUGGUUACGUCCUUGUCGGAGCUAUCCUGGCAGUACUACAUGGUAUAGCAUCGUUGCUAAGGUUCCGUGGUGCAAAGAAAGCCUUAGGAUUCUGCUAUGUUGUCGUCAAAGUUGCCCUUCUGUCUGUUGUUGAGAUUGGCGUAAUUCCUCUAGUCUGUGGCUGGUGGCUCGACCUCUGUUCUCUAUCCAUGUUUGAUGCAACCCUGAAGGACCGCGAAGCAAGCCUUCAAGCGGCUCCUUGGACCCUAAUGUUCAUACAUUGGCUUGUUGGCAUGGUCUACGUAUAUUACUUCGCAUCCUUCAUACUGCUGCUCAGAGAAGUCUUAAGGCCUGGUGUGCUUUGGUUCUUGAAGAAUUUAAACGAUCCUGACUUUAGUCCUGUGCAGGAAAUGAUCCACCUAUCAGUAUGGUCCCACAUCCGUCGCCUGGUGGUGUCAGCAGUGAUAUUCGGGACAGCUGUUCUGUUUAUGCUGUGGCUUCCCAUCCGCGUCAUCAAGUUCGCUCUGCCCGGCUUCUUGCCGUACGCUGUGGCCGUGCACACCGAGGCUCCGGUGAAUGAGCUCAGCUUGGAACUGCUUUUGCUGCAGGUGAUCCUCCCAGCCCUGCUAGAACAGUCUCACACGCGCACGUGGCUGAAGGCGGGCGUGCGUGCGUGGUGCGCCUGCGCGGCGUCGGUGCUGGGGCUGCGCUCGUACCUGCUGGGGGAGACGCGCGCCGCCGACCCCGGGCCCGAGCCGCAGCCGCCACCGCCGCAGCCCAUACAGCUCGCCGCUGCGCACCAGGCGCUGAUGCGUCGCGACGGGCCGGCUGGCUUCGAGCCGUACGUGCGGGUAUCGUGGUUCCCGGCGCGACUGGCGGCGCUGCUCGCGUUGGUCUCUGUGUCCCUGGUGCUCGCGAGCGCACUCACACUCGUGAUUCCAGUAGCAAUCGGAAGGAAGGUGAUGGCACUGUGGCUGCCCAAAGCGUCUGACGGCGUUCACGAGUUAUAUACGGCUGCUUGUGGCAUGUACGUGUGCUGGGCGGUGGGGCGCGGAGGCACGCUGGCGGCGGGCUGGGCGCGCGGCGGGCGCGUGGCGCUGCUCACCCGGCUGGCGCUAUGGGCGCGGGUGGCGCUGCGAGCCGCGCUGGCGGCGCUGGCGCUGCUGGGGCUCGUGCCGCUCAUGUUCGGCCUGCUGCUGGAGCUGGUACUAGUAAUCCCGCUACGAGUGCCCCUGGAACAGUCGCCAGUGCUAUUCGUAUGGCAGGACUGGGCAUUAGGCGUGCUCUACACGAAGAUCAUGUGCGCUCUCACCAUGAUGGGCCCGGAUUGGAGCAUGCGACGCGCCAUUGAGAAGGCUUACCGAGACGGAAUACGGGAAAUGGACCUCAAGUUCAUCCUGACGGAGGUGGCGGCGCCGCUGGUGUGCUGGCUGGGGCUGGCGCUGGCGGUGCCGUACGCGCUGGCGCACAGCGUGGCGCCGCUGCUGCUGCCGGCCGCCGCGCAGCGCAACCUGCUAGCGCGCCGCAUCUACCCCGCGCUGCUGCUCGUGUGUGUGCUCACCGCGCUCACUGUCUUCCAGAUACGGCAGUUCAGAAAGUUGUACGAGCACAUAAAGAACGAUAAGUACCUAGUCGGACAACGAUUGGUGAACUACGACCAUCGGCGGCACAAGCAACAACAGAGCGUGACCUCUAACUAAACGGUACGGACAUCACACGCGUGUGAGAGAGACGGCUAUAUUACUCCCAGUCUGACUGCGAUAGGCCUACGUAGACGAAUAGCGUUCGAGAUGUCAAAAUGGAAUGUACGAUUUCAAAUUGUUCGAAAUUCAAUCGAAAUGUUUUUCUUAGAAUUGGUUGUUUUUGAACUUACGACGGGAAUAUACAUGCCAGUUACCGGCUCUUUUAAUACAAAUGUAAACAGUACGCCCGAUUGCAAUCUACUUGAAUUCGAGGUACAGGCGUACCAUUUUUUUUUUAAUGUAUAUACGUAAAAGUAGCUGGCAAGUGCAAGGAGCUGGCAUGCAAGUGUACCAGCUGCAGGCGUGUGUAUUCCCGCCUUUAAGGUGGCCUUACAUGUGUCUGUAAAUUGAAUUUAAAUCGAUUAACACAGUCAAUACAUUUAUAAUAAACUUUUAUUUAUGUUAGCAUAAGCAGUAAUAAGUCGCCAGACGACCACACUGCAGUUUCUCGAGGUCAAUGCCCGACUUCAACAACCCUGGUGUCAGGGUUACUAUAAAAAUUACCCGGGCACAAAUCCUGCAAACCAAGUGAUAACAUUUGCAGACAGGUGUAGGGUCAGCGUCACAUUGACAUUAUUGAUUCGAUAUUUACAACCAUGGUAUAAGAAAACCAGCGGGCUUAGCACCGUAAGCACGCGACUCUUUCUCGCCGCGUCAGAGAUCGUCUGUCUCUUUCUGUGCAGUACUGUGAGAGAGUGACGGGUGACGUAUGUCGAGGCGAGAAAGAGUCGCGCGCUUAGGGUGCUAAGCCCGCUGGUAUGCUCAAUCCUUCCAAGCAAACAUUCCAAGGACGUAAAUUUUAUUACUGAAAAUUAACUGAAUUACUGACUAAUGUAUUUAAUUACUAUUACUCGUCACAUAAAUAAAAAUCAUUAAAAUUGUAAGUAAAUCUUUUACUAAAAGUUCAAAAGUUUCCUUGCAAAGUAAAUAUAAUAACAUUGGUCGUGGGUAAUUUAUUUUUUUACGAAAUGGCAACGCUAGGUCGGAUGACGUCAGCUGGGUUAACCUUGAAAUGUUAGCUGUCACUUUUGAGCAUACCUGGUUUUCUUAUACCAUUACUAUAACCAUGUAUGUACAGGCAACGAAAAAUGGCGGCGGUAAUCUAGUAGGCCUUGGUAGGUGUUUAGUGGAAAAUAGGGUAGUUUCCAACUAGUCAAAUCAGUUACUUUUUACUAAACGUCAAAACAAAUUACUAUAGAAUUUGCAUGAAAAAGCGACCUGUGACGUCAUAGAAAAACGUGACACAAAGUCGCAUUUUUUCACAUUUUUCUUUAUUAAAAUUCAUAAACAAGUUAAAUUGAAAAAAGAAAAAGUUUUUUUUUUUCAGUUUUAGAUCUGUCUUUAUUUAGUGAUCAGAAUUUCGUAUAUUAUCUUUGACCUAGGAAACUACCCAAGAUGUUUCGUUGACUUAACUCGGCAACAUUCUCUUUAAAACAUGCAUCUUCCUUUCCAGGCCAUAAACUUUAAAAAAAAUAGCAUCUUCCUUCCCCAAUUGAUUUCCGCCAUAUUUGUAGCGAAAGUCAAGCCGUAUUUAGCUAUUACUGACAGUUGUUAAGUCUUAUAACAUAUAAUAGCAUCACGCCUUUAUAUCCUUGAAGCGGUAGGCAGAGGUGUAUACACCCACUCCUCACUACUAAUGUGAUAGGGGGAAGCCUAUAUCAUUAACCGGGCACGAAUCCUGGAAACCACGUGAUAUCAAUUAUAUAUGAUCCAAAACAUGAAUUCAAACUCAUAAAGUCUAUUACUGUGGCUUAGAGCGCUCGCUGGUCAACACAUAGUCAUAGUUAUAACUUAACGUAAUAGUCUUAUAACAAUAUACUUUACUUUUUUUUUCAAUCACAAAGAACAACGAAGGAUUUUUUGUAAGUCAAUUGCCGAGUUAAGUCAAGAAAAUAAUUAUUUAUUUUGGUACUAUUUGGUGGUAGAAUAAACUAAACUGCAGUCGGAAGACGUACUAGAGUUACUUAUAGUCUCUCACACGUCGAGAGUUAUGUAGGAUUAUUCGUAAAUGUUCCAAACGUCGUUUUCAAUUCGAAACUUGACUAAAAUUGUAACAAUCAUUGUGAAGUUAACACGACGCGAAAUAAAGACCAAAAAGUUAAUAAAAUUGAUCCUAACUAAAAUGUUAUUACUUAAAAGACAUUGAAGUGAGAAUUUCUGUAAAAAAAAAAACAAAUAAAUUGGUGUCCCAGAAUUGAUUAUGUUCACAUAUAAGUAAAGUAAGUACAACACGUAUUUGAGAGGUGCGUUCUAAAUUAUAUUUAUGAAAUGCAACUAGCUUCAAUCUUAUUAGGAACCGUUUUUCGAUAUGCGAAUGCGAAUAUUUUCCUUGAUGAUACCAGAUACGCCACAUCUUGAUACUAAAGUCAGCAUUUUUCACGAUAAAUAACGCAAUUUCGGCGUUCUGUCGCGAUAUAUUGCUGUUUUUAUAUGGGCUUAAACAUGAUUAGCUAUUUCGAAUAUCUAUUAGCUUCCGUACUAGGCUUCAAUAAUAGGUUACGCGCUAAAACGUAUAAUUCGCAGAAUUGUACUUUAAAACCUACCUGAAAUAAAAUAAAUUAGAACAAUGAAAACGAACGAUUGGUACGGAUUUACUUGUGGCCAAUUGUAUAUUCCAGUUUUAAAUUUUUAACCUGAUUUGUAACAACCACCUUACUACUAAAAAAUAAAAAUAAAAACAAGCGGUGAACGUGAAUUACUUGACAGUUUUCGGACAAGUAUUUUUAUACCUCUUAAAAUAUUUUAUUUUCUCGAAAAAGCUUUAUGUAAUAGUAAAAACAUACUUUUCUUCAAUUAUUUGAAAUUUUGCGCGAAAACUUUUGGUCACGUAACAUUUUGCCCAGUGACGACACAUUUAAAUAAACAAAGAAUCUGUUAAAAUGUAUAACUUGAAACCUGACCGAUAGUUUUUGUUUAUUUUGUGAAAUGUGACGUUAUUUUCUAAAAAAUAAAAAAGCUAUUGGAUAAUAAUAAUUAUCGUUAAAUGCUACAAGUACCAUACCCGACAUAUUUCAUAUUUUAUUGUUACAACUGUCAUUUAGCCAAUUGACAACUAAGCAAAGUUCAAUCGAAUUAUUUGUUAAAUUCAAUUUUGGUUGAUUAUACACGUUCACAGCUUGUUUAUUUUUUAAUUGUAAAGUGGCUAGACUUUAGGAAGUUUGAGAGUACCUAAUUAGAUAUUAAUAAAUGGAGUCAAAAUUUAUAAUGAUUAUAUAUCGAAGUCUUCUACGUUGUAUUUACAGCGCAUCUACUUUAACUAGGCAAACACACAUGUAGUGAUCUCUGUAUCUCUAUCGGGUUGGGGCAGGGAUGUGUUCUCGGGAAUGUUCCCAAGGUGGGAACGUUCCUGUUGUAAAAACUCUUUAAUAUUAAGGAGACUGGCUGCUUUUUUCUUUCAGGGACUCUGAUUGUAUCUGCCCAAUGGCUAAGUAAUAAAGCUCUUAACAUAAAUUGUGCGUUUUUUAACUGUCGGGAACAGCAAAUUACGGUAUGACACAAAUCAUUAACAAGCCAAUCCGAUGUGUUAUAAUCAGCCUCUUCCCCAAAAUAGUUUAUGAUUUUUUAAACGAAAUUACGGCCACUUUCCUGUUUUUAAUAACCUCCUAGUCGGGACAAUCCAUACAAAAGCGAGACAGACAACCCGAGCGCGCUCUUUUACUCUUUAUCGGCUUUAGGCUAAAGUGAGAACUAGCGGGGAGUUUAUUUUUUUUGCUUUACGCAUUUUUUUUUAUUUGGCGCAUUUGGCAAGAUCGCUAUAUAAGAAAACUUAAUACACACAUAUUUUAUAUGAACAGUCAUGAGCAAUAUAAUGUACCCACUUUAGGACUAUGUCGCACUAACAUAUUUGACAUUUAGUGAGACUUACAGUUCAAUUUGUCAAAAAGUUAAUGUGACAUGGUACCAAAGUGUAUAUACAUAUUAAUGGUCGUGACCGGACAUUCAUGUUCUACCUACGGUAGUUAGUAUAUGAAUGCAGUACAUUUCACAAUUAUUAUAACAAGUAAAAACGUUGACGGUUCAUAUAGUUUUGAGUAUACUGUACAUGUCACAAGUUAAAGUUUAAUUUUCAAUGAUUUAUUCUGAGACUUGGCAAAUUGUUUGAGAGAAUCAAAAUAACACCGAUACAAAUCAAUCGAGGUGUUUUAGCCCACUACAUUUCAAUUCUACUAAAUGCAUUUCCCGAUAGUAUUUUUACACCAUCCGGUUAUCUGAAUGUUUACUUUUUUCUAGACUUCUAACAGUAUACCCCGUUGUAGAUUAGUGACUUCUUUAGUAGUUAAAAUAAUUAAUUAAUGAUUUGAUGUAUUUUUUUACAAUAAUCACAUAUUUGUAUUGUUCUUGCAUAAAUCUACGCUUAAAUAGUGAUAACAAAUAUUUUAUUGAAUUUCUUGCCGAAGUUUAGUUGGGGUCGUGGCUUACGCCCCCAGUAGUAAACGCGCCUGUGGUGGAGGCCCCCAUUCUUUCCAAAAACAUGCUUGAAAUCAAAUUCAAGUGACACAAAGGCGUCCACCACAGGGGUGUCAACCACUGGGGGCGUUCAUCACUGAGGGCGUUCGCCACUAACCCGUUUAAUUUACGAUAGAAAAUUACUAUUGCACGUAUUUCUUUCCUUACCUUUACGAUUCUUGUUGCGAAGAAGGGAAACUGUAAUUUCUUAUCGAAUUCGUAGUUUAUUUUUUCCACUGGGAUCGUGUUAUUUUUACUUAACCUGCUGGCAGGUAACACCGAAAGAAAAAAAAAGAAAAAAAAACAUUAUAUUGUACACAGCAAUGAAUAUCUUUAAAAGAUCGUUUGUCAAUAAUAUUUUUAUUAAUUGGAAUAGAAAUCCCUUGAACAGUAAAGAAAUGAGUCAUAACCAACUCAGUAACUGAUAGAUUUAGAUCAAUCAUCAUGAGAUCAUCGUAGUAGUAUAGAUAUUUUUUAUAUCAUUAGAUAAAGUAUGAUUUCGCUUAAAAGAAAUGCUCCGUUAACUGAGUCGAUUCACUGUUCUUUUUAUCAAUCAUUCACGUCCUUCCUUUGAUGAACUGUAAUAAUAUAGAAUCCACCGCUUUAUGAGAUAACAUGUGACAUACAUAAAUAGAUAUAUUUUGUUUAAUUCCUUAGUAUUUAUUGUUAAGUAGUUUUAUAAUCUAUUUAUUGUAUACUGCUCAAUCUUGUAUUUCUUUUACAAUCUGCUCGUUCUGUUAUAUUUGUACCUGAAAAGGUGUUUUAUUGUACUCUUAGACUGUACUAUUAUUUUGUAAAUUGUAAAUGGACAGAGUAAUGUUGGUAACUUGAGGCAUUCAGCGGAGCGAUCCGCGCGUGUAGAUUAGCAGCAGAAGGUUAUAAGCAAUUUGUAAACAAAUAAAUUAAUAAAUGAAAAAUAA